AUGGACUCUGGCUACUACAAAACCACCUGUGUUGACCAGAGCCCGCGACAGGCAAAAGCCGGGAGGCUCGAGCGUACGAUCAAGAAGGUUGUCGACACUGUCAAUACUAUGCCGACAGACAAGAUGUCAGAUCUAAACGAGCGAGACCCUGCGAGAGCAGCCAACGAGUGGCAGAAUCUCCCAGAAAACCAGCCCAACAACACCAAAGUACAGCGUGACAUAAUAAAUCUCAUUACGGCAAGGUACCCGCAGGUCGAUCCGAUACAUUACAGCACAGUUCUCGGAGGCGGACAGGCGAAUGCCAGACACCUCGAGAGUGCCAUCAAAAAAUCCGUAGAUACCAUCACCUCUAACUGGAUUGGGACUCCCUCGUGGCUUCAAGCUUUUGUCGAGGGCGAGACAUGCUGGUCGGACUAUCAAGUUAUCACUAACAACCUCCACCGCAUGUCAAAGCUCUUGAAGCUGAUCCCGGAGGGCGAGACGCCUGAGAAUCGCGCAUUACACCUCACGCGCCGCGAAGCGAACAAGAAAGCUCUGCGCGCCCAUCAAGAACACGUUCGUCUGGGAGUAGAGGCAGAAAUCCAGACUGCAGAAGAUGCGAUAGAAGACUUGUCCACCAAGGACGGCGUGACACAGGUGAACUUCAGGGCGUUCGGGAGGAACUUGCUUUCCUCCGGGGCCAUCUAG